CACCAACCACGUUGACAACGGCGACAACGACGACAACACCACACGACCCAACAACGGCCACGACACACCACCAACGAAUGGUAACGACCACCGACGUGGCACCACCACCAUCCACGAGCGCCCACCACCAACCAGAUGACAACGACGUGGCACCACCAGAGCACCGCCAUCAACCAACGGCGACCAGCGCCCACCACGAUUCACGAGCGCCCACCACAACGACCAGGCGAAUGCGGCAACGAAGGUCAGACGACGCGAAUACGCGUCGUCUGACGGUGACGACUGGUACGUCGUCACCGUCGGGUUGUUUUGAGCCACCCAAGUGAGUAGCAGGCCUCUCCACCCCCACUGCUCACUAUUCAGGUGCCCCGUCGACGUGGCCAACCUCCUUG